GGGAUUUGGAAGACUCAUCCCAAUGGGAUGAAACCAAGGAGAGCCAUUGGCACAGCAUGGUGCUGAGGAGGACCGAGGUGGCCGUUUGCCUGAGUGCCAAGCUAGGAGAAGACCCGGAGGAGGAACCCAGGCCACAAAGACCAAGGCAAAACUGUGCCAGGAAGGUGCAGGAUAACCCUGGUGAAAUCCAUCCCCAGAAAACUGGGAUCGAGGCUGGGACGUGCCCCAAGGAGAAAGUGUAUGGGUGCAGCAAGUGUGGAAAAACCUUCAAUUGGAAGAACAACCUGAGCCGGCACCUGAGGACGCACGCCAGGGAGUGUCCCUACAAGUGCUCCGAGUGCUGGAGGAGCUUCAGCAACCAUUCGAACUUCAUCUCCCACCAGAAGCUCCACCGGGGGGAGAAACCCUAUGAGUGCUUGGACUGCAGGAAGUGCUUCAGCCAGAGCACCAGCCUCCUGGCCCACCACCGGAUCCACACGGGGGAAAAACCCUAUGUCUGCUUCAGCUGUGGGAAAUGCUUCGCCCGGAGGCAAAACCUGACCAUGCACCAGAGCAUCCACACCGGGGAGAGACCCUACUCCUGCCAGGAUUGCGGGAAAAGAUUCCGGAGGAGCUCCGACCUCAUCCGACAUGAGAGCCUCCAUACAGGUGAACGGCCCUACAAAUGCCCCGACUGUGGGAAGGGUUUCACACGGAGCUCCAAGCUGAUGGAACACCAACGGACCCACACAGGGGAAGCCCCCUACAGGUGCUCAGUGUGUGGCAAGCACUACAAGGCCAACGUCUCCUUGAGGUCCCAUCUGAAGCUGCACACGUGAGAUGGGCUCGCUGAGGGGCUGGUGGGGCCAUGUCCUAUGGGGAGAUGGAGAGGAGGAAGGUGCCAUGGCCAGGGAGGGCCUGAUGGGUGGAUGGUGGCGAGCAUAGGACCUGGAGGUAGUUGGGCUCGCUGCU